AUGGCUUGGACGUUCACAAAUAAUACGUGUAAUCCCUUUCUUUCGGACACUACAUCGUGUGCUUUAGGUAACUAUAUUAGCUAUACAGUCAAUGCAACUACGACGGACGAUGUCAAUGCAGCAGUCACAUUUGCCAAUCUUUUUAAUAUUCGUCUGGUGAUUCGCGCCACCGGCCAUGAAUAUAAUGGCAAAUCCACUGGGGCUGGUGCUCUUGUAAUUUGGAUACAUCAUUUAACAUCAAUCUCUCUUUUUGAAACGUAUAAUUUCUCGGUAUAUACAGAAAAAGCAGUAGUAGUUGGAUCGGGGGUUUCAUUUCAACAAGCUUACGAAUUUGUCGAUGCAAACAAUGACAUUAUUGUUGCUGGAAAUCGUUCUACUGUCGCACUGGCUGGCGGUUAUGGGCAAGGGGGUGGACUUGGACCGCUUACUACAAAGUUCGGGUUGACAGUUGACCAGGUCUUGGAAUGGCAAGUUGUGAUUGGGUUAGGAAUACUUGUUAUAUAUUGUUCUGUCCGGAACUAUGAAAUUUCAUCCAAAGUCACUUCAAUAUCUUCCGCGAGUUUGCAAUUUGCCCCUCCAAUUACAACAGAAGGGCUUGCUGCAUAUUGGCAGACUGUCAAAAGGUUCCUACAAUCAUUACCACUAAUGGUCGAUAGCGGCUUACAGAUCGUCUGGAUCAUCGGGCCUGGUUUUUCCUUCAUCUCCCCAGUCACAGGUCUUGACGUCGCGCAAGAUACAAUCGAUAGCCUCUUCCCGCCCACCCUUUCCGCACUCGACAAAGCCGAGAUCCCUUAUACUUACACAUCCUCAGUAUCCUCCUUAUUUCUAGAAUACCAAAAUUCCACCAAUUUCGACGCCAACGUCUCCAACGCCAGCACAGCAGGCCGUCUACUCCCACGAUCAGUCGUGCAAAACGAUACCGACAGUUUCAUAUCCGUCCUCCAAACCAGCGUCGACAACAAUUCCCAACACCCCGAAAUAUCCAUCAACCCUUACUGGAGAAAAACACUUAUGAAUGUGGUCUUUGACACUUACCGCAAUUACACCGAUUUCUCAGCCAAUUUCCAGAGUCAGAAUUUCAUGACUAAUACUAUUGGUCCUGCAAUUGCGGCCUUGACUCCGGAUGGAUCAGUAUAUCUCAAUGAGGCGGAUGUUCAACAACCGGAUUGGAAGAGGGCGUUCUAUGGUGCAAAUUAUGAUCGUUUGGAUGCAAUUAAGACGAAUUAUGAUUCGUUGGACAGGUUUUAUGCUUUGGGGGCUUUGAAGAGUGAUCGUUGGGUUGAAAGGAAGGAUGGCCAUCUUUGCGAGGCUUAG